AUGAGGGUUGAGACGUGCCAUUUCUGCUCACGGCCAACCUACCCUAGCAAGGGUAUUACAUUCGUCCGGAACGACUCUCGUCAGUUUCGAUUCUGCCGCUCGAAAUGCCAUAAGAAUUUCAAGAUGAAGCGCCAGCCGCGCAAGCUCAAGUGGACCAAGACUCACCGUGCCACUCGCGGCAAGGAAAUGAUUGUCGACUCGUCGCUCGUCCUGUCGCAGUUCGCCAAGAAGAGAAACGCCCCGGUCAAGUACGACCGCAACCUCGUCAACGCUACCGUCAAGGCUAUGGAGAGAGUCGAGGAGAUCCGCCAACGCAGAGAGCAGCAGUUCACCAAGCGCCGCCUGGCAGGAAAGCUGGCUCGGGACCGCAAGCGCGAGGAAGACCGCAAGGUGGUGGCCGAGGGCGAGCACCUCAUUCGCAAGGAGCUCCGGGAGAGAGAAGAGGGUCAGCCUCUGGCCGCCGAGUCGACCAAGAUGGCCAGAUUGCAUGGCGAGGAGAGGCCCAGACAGCAGAAGAAGACCAGAUUAUUGGUGGACGGUACUACUCAGGAGGAGAUGGAUGUCGAUUAA